AGCCGGAAGUAACGUCACGCGUAUUCAACGGUGGUUUAUUUUGAAAGUACUUUCACUUCUUUUGUGGGUUAGGCUGGUUAGACUUGACACUUUGCUUGCCUUGUUGAGUCAUCGCUGAAAGCAGCUCAGAACCAUGCGAGCCUCCGUCCUGGAGCCUGAACACUGAAGCUCUCUGGGGAUUUUAACUCCUCUUUCGCUGCACUCACUGCCAAGUCGGACUGAACGGACAGCGGAUAAAAUAAUAUUGUUGGGGAGAGAAGCACCAGAGGCUCCGCGGCAUCAGCGGGCGAACUUGGCUUCUCUACCCCGUGGGGGGUGUCUGCCUGUCGGCUUGCCGCUGCGUGCAAGUCCCGCUGACCACUUGGUGCUCCAAGCCCCUUUUCGUGUCUUCUGUGGAGGUUCCAAGCUACUAUUAAGUCGUGCCGUUGUGGCAAAUGUCUUUAUCGUCUCUGCGGGCUUUUCGUCAAGCAUCUGUGGCCUUAAUGUGACAUUUGGUCGUGACACCGCGCAGGAUCUUCAUCAAGUUCGUGGCCCUCCAAACUCCUCCAAGCAGGACGAGAACAGAUGUAACAGUGACCAGGAAAGACCAGGACCAAGCUGGGCCGGGUUAGGCCAGGCUAGGCCCACCUUCCCUGAGCAGGUUCUCAAAGAGUUCCUCCUAGUAGGUUAGUCUGGAAACAUCCUUGGUCUGUCCAUGUCUUCAAUGCACUUCCCUGGAUGUUGGCAGCAGGAUGGAUUUGGAUGUUGAUCUCACAGUUUCCUAUUCCUUUCGUUGCCUUCUGACCUUUCCCUCCCUGCUCUUCAAAAGAAAGCCCCUUGCGCUCUCCUGGGGCUUCCCUAAACCCAGUAUAGGGUCCUACAGGAACUGUAGCUUGUCUUUCUACUAACUCUUAUGCUGCUUUGAGAAUGCUCCAUUGCUGUUCCACCUUGGUUGAUUUUAUUGGAGGCUGAGGAGAAGUUACAUUUAGCAAACCUUUGUGGUCUGGGAGGAAGAAUGUCGGAAAGCAAUAGCAAAGCAGUGAAAUUCAUUGCCCCGGCCCCUCUGUCGCUGACCCCUCAGACCCCCCACAAGAAUGUGAACUGCUCUGCAAGUUCAGACUCGCAUGUAGUGGACAAGCUGGAGGGACACCCGGAGGUCCAACGACGGCGUCACACGAUGGACAGAGACUCCAAGACGGCCGAGCACCGCUUCUUCCGCCGGAGUGUCAUCUGCGACUCCAAUGCCACCGCCCUGGACCUGCCCAGCAAGGCAGCGGUGACGCUCACCUCGCUGCCAGACUGCAGGGGACCCCCCGUCAGCUAUUUGGUUUCUCGCACUGCGGAGCGAGACGUCCAAGAGGCAGUGGAAGGCCCCUCUUUGCAAAGCUUUCAGCCCGGGGCACCUCUAGAGGGGCAACGCCAAAAUGUUGGCGUGGGUCACGUUGGACACGCUGAUGGCGUGGUAAAGGAGCCGCCUUCGGCCGUAGUGGAUGUCAAACAAACGGGAGACCGGCAGCGCGACUCCCUGCAGGAGAUGGCCAAAGACGAAAAAGUGCACGAGUGCAGCAUCAGCAGUCCCACGGAGGAGAAGGAGCGAGAGACGGAGCUGGCCAAAGCACGCGCUGAGCAGAGGGAGGCCGAGAAGCGAGUGCAGGAGGACAUCGAGGAGGCCGAGACGAAGGCCGUCGGGACGUCACCGGAUGGACGCUUCUUGAAAUUCGACAUUGAGAUCGGGAGAGGGUCCUUCAAGACGGUGUACAAGGGGCUCGACACAGAGACAACGGUGGAGGUGGCGUGGUGCGAGCUGCAGGAUCGGAAGCUGUCUAAGUCGGAGCGGCAGCGCUUCAAGGAAGAGGCGGGCAUGCUGAAGGGCCUCCAGCACCCCAACAUCGUGCGCUUCUACGACUCGUGGGAAGGGCCAUGCAAGGGAAAGAAGUGCAUCGUGUUGGUCACCGAGCUCAUGACGUCGGGCACGCUUAAAACCUACCUGAAGCGCUUCAAGGUGAUGAAGAUCAAGGUGCUGCGUUCUUGGUGCCGGCAGAUCCUGAAGGGCCUUCACUUCCUGCACACCAGAGCGCCGCCCAUCAUUCACCGGGACCUCAAGUGUGACAACAUCUUCAUCACGGGGCCCACUGGGUCGGUCAAGAUCGGAGACUUGGGCUUGGCUACGCUGAAGAGGGCCUCUUUUGCCAAGAGUGUAAUAGGUACUCCUGAGUUCAUGGCUCCAGAGAUGUACGAGGAGAAGUACGACGAAUCUGUUGACGUUUAUGCCUUUGGGAUGUGCAUGCUUGAGAUGGCGACCUCAGAGUACCCUUACUCGGAAUGCCAGAAUGCCGCCCAGAUCUACAGACGAGUCACCAGCGGAGUGAAGCCGGGCAGUUUUGACAAGGUGGCCAUUCCUGAAGUGAAGGAAAUCAUCGAAGGCUGCAUCAGGACCAACAAAGAUGAGAGGUAUGCCAUCAAGAUCCUGCUGAACCACGCCUUCUUCCAGGAAGAUACAGGGGUCAGGGUUGAGCUGGCAGAGGAAGAUGAUGGGGAAAUGAUUGCCAUCAAGCUGUGGUUGAGGAUAGAAGAUGUCAAAAAGCUUAAAGGAAAAUACAAAGACAACGAAGCCAUCGAGUUCUCCUUUGACCUCAACAAAGAUGUCCCUGAUGAUGUGGCGCAGGAAAUGGUUGAGUCUGGCUAUGUGGCUGAGGGCGACCACAAGACCAUGGCCAAGGCCAUCAAGGACCGCGUGUCUCUGAUCCGGAAGAAGCGAGAGCAGAGGCAGCUGGUGCGAGAAGAGCAGGAGAAGAGAAAGCUAGAGGCGGAGCUACAACAACAAGAGGCACGCAAAGCAGCACAGACACAGGCGGAGGCAGAAGAGACUGAGACUGAGUUUCACCAUCAGCAGCUGGGCAUCUUACACACAGUCGAAGGAGGUGUGGACAGCGGCCAAGGUUCUUCGGUCUUCUCCUCCGACUCCCCUCAGCUGGGUCAGCUGACCAUGUCUUACAGCUGCCCGCCUUCCACACGCGCUCAUUCCCAGCCGCAAAGCCCGUAUCUCUCCACGUCUGGCGCCAGCACGCAGCAGCACCCGACCUAUGCCCAGCAGCCACAGCAGCCAGUGCAGCAUUCAAUGGCACAUGCCUACAGUGGAGGAGCAGCAGGAGGAGGCAGCCUCUCCUUCUCAGCAGUGCCCGACCCGCCCGCUAUUUUCUUCCCCCCCAUUCCUGAGCGCCCCGUUUCCUUUUCGCCCCCUCCAACCGCCCCACCGAAGGCCUACAACGCCCAGCGGCGAAAGAGCACGUCCAUCCUGGAGGCUCACACCCGCCACUUUCAACCAGCCUACCCGAGAUACGGCAGCAGCCUCCACCCCUUCUCGGGGAUGGAGGCCGUGGACGCCCCCUCUCUCUUCAUGGUCAAUCCCGGUUUCGCCGCAACGGCUCAGAGACUCGGAGUCGGAGAGCAUCUGUAUCUCCCGGGACAAUCUGACCCAUCUUUUUACGGCUAUAAGGACCUGAGGGCCGAACAGGAGGAAGUGGUGAGAAGGCUGAGUUUAAAUCAAGCUGCCUUAUUGGACCAUUAUGAAGCCAUGGCGUAUGGCGGCUACCCAAUGAGUGCACACCAGCUGGGCUUGUUGAACUUCCAUCAACAGAGGCAGGCAGCUGCUGCAGCCGCCAGUUUGGGCUACGACUCGGGACCUCACCCAGGCUUCUUGCACCCUCACUUGAUGCAAAGACUGAGCGCACACAGUCCAAUGAACCAACCUGUUCCUGCUUCGUCCGCUGAUGUAUGCAACCCCGCACAGCAACACUCCACCUACCCCCCUUCAGCACCACCGACAAUAAGCGACGCCCCUACAGGAAGUGUUUUUGAUUACCACUUGGCUGCCGCCGCCGCCAACGACCCGAGUCUCCUGGCCUCCAGACUGUACAGAGCCCGCAGGAGCUCCAUGGACCUUCCUCUGGAAGAAAACACCCCGGCAGGCUCUGGCGGCUCAGGCUCGUACCCUCGACUCCAGCCUGUGACGGAGGAGCUGUGUUCCUACAUCAGUCCUGAGCUUCCUUUACCGCCAGGAAGUCUCCUCCUGCAUAACACAUGCCUGAGCGCCAAGGACCGAAGUCCAGAACCAUCUAGCGACUCUCUGGCCUCUUCCGACGCGGGGGAGUUCCUGUCGCCUCCUCCCUCAUCCCUCCUCCCUCAAUUCAACACUUCGGCCGCUCAGUUCAUUCCUCAGUCGUCCUGCGCCGCCGUCUACGACUCGGCCAUCGACACCCAUGCUCAUCCGCCCUCCAUGCAGAGCUUUCUCCCGCCCACUCCAUGCUCAGACCUCUCACACGGGGGGGCGUCAUCGACUCUACAGGAGUCUCUGGUUGAGAGUGCGUGGGCCCGACAUGGAGGGGCCGUGCCUGCCCAGCCCGACAUGACGUACCAUGAGUCAUUGCUGGCCAUGCAGGCCGCUAACCACACACUGAAUCAGGUUCAGGUUUCAAAUCCGCAGCCCGCCUCAGGAUCCCCACUGUUGGGCCCCUCGGCCUCCCAACCUGCUCCUCUGGUGACGUCUGAACAGGUGACUGGGUCAAUUCAGUGUGUCAGUACAUGGACACAGAGCCCCACACACACCUUGUUGCAGGCUGCACAACAUAGUGUGACCUUGCCCACCUCCACCUGCCUCACUUCUCCUCCAGUGGCCGUGGCCCCUGCUCUUCCUCAUUCCCCUGCCCCUGCAUCCGCCCCCCAACCCUUGGCCACCACGGUGCCAAUCAUCAGUGUAGUCGCGGCUGAAGCUACUCCGCAGUCUGUCUCUCAGCCCUCGGAGUUGUCCCACUUCCAGCUCCAACCACCCCAUGCAUCCACAGAGAGUGGCUACUCUGAGACCUCGGGCCUGAGCGACGGCAAUGAGGGAGGAGGUGGGGGGCGCCAUGAGGGGCGCUCUAUCAAGCGACACCAGAGGCGCUCCGUGCGAAGCCGAUCGCGCCACGAGAAACUUGCCAAGGCCAAACUCAACGUCCUCAAUAUAUCCAAGCGCGGCGACAGGGUGGCAGAGUGCCAGCUGGAGACCCACAACAGGAAGAUGGUCACCUUUAGGUUUGACCUGGAUGGAGACAACCCAGAUGAGAUCGCUCAGAUUAUGGUCCAGAGCGAGUUCAUCCUGGAGAGCGAGAGGGAGUCAUUCAUCGAGCAGGUCCGAGAGGUGAUAGAGAACGCAGAUGAAAAAGGCCUGGAGAGAGACACCAGCGGCCAGAUGACCGGUGACAUGACACAGCAAAAUCCUGCUAUAUCAGUCCCCAUGCCAGACACGCCCCCGAGUGCCUCAGCACAGGUGGUGCACUCAGCAGGUCGCAGAUUUAUCGUCAGCCCUGUACCUGAAGCCCGGCUAAAAGAACCAAGCUUUCCCGCCUCUACCUCACCAUCUCUUACACCUUCAGUCGAGACAGUUGCUCAGGCAUCAGAUUUGAGCUUGUCCAAAUCUGCGGGCGCCGUCAGCCUCCAACAAGCCUUUUCAGAGCUACGACAGAACAAGAGCGUGUUGGAUGCUGGACCGAGCACUGCCCCCGCCUCCAUCCUCGCCUCCUUCCUAUCCGCUCAUCCUGCAGCAUCCUCUGCCUCCUCACCGUCUCCUGCUGUGGAAGCUGCUUCUUCAGCACAGGAGGAUGCUUCUCCUCCUGCUUCCUCCUCCACUCUGACUGUGGUCAAUCAGUCAUUGCCCAUCCAAGGAAUGUCUCAAAGCCAAGAGGCGAUACCCACUUCAGUCCUUUCCACCUUAGCUCUCAGCAACAUGGCCUUGACGAUGCUCACAUCUCCUCCUGCCUCCCUUGUGUACUCAGUCCCCUCAGAAGUUCUGCCUGAUCAUGCCUCUGCCUCCUCCACCUCUUUCUCUGUUAUCCCCACGUCAUCCCCCUCCUCAUCCUCCUCCUCAGUGCAGCCCACCUCGACGCACUCGCAGCCGCAAACAACCGCCCUUUCUGGGCAGACGCACACUCACUGUGGCGAAUGUGACGCCAGGUGUGAUCCGUCAACGGAGUGCCAAAGCAAGCCGGACGACAUCCAAGCCCUGGAGAAGAAGCUGCGCUCUCUCUUCAUGGACCUGGGCGGAGGGGUGGGCUCCACCCAGGGAGACCUGCUGCCUGAUGCUGCCUCUGCAUCCUCCGCCGAGGGGACAUCGUCCCCGGUGGGCACCUGCUCUACCUCCACAUCUGUCGCCCCCAGCCAGGCAGCCAAUCCUUCUCAGCCCCCUAUCAGUUUGGCACUGGGGUCUCCUGCCCCCCCACAGCAGGGCUGUGGCACACCUAUGUCAACUCCUGCACCAGCAGUAAACACAGCCACCAACUCCAGUCAGACAACUCCAUCCAAAGCGCCGUUGUCCAGAGUAGCGGCUACCUCUACUUCUUCAGAACUGCUGCAGUUCCUGCCUGGGCCGUGUGUCACACAGUCCCAGCAGCCUUUAGAAGACUUAGACGCCCAGCUGAGAAGAGCUUUGAGUCCUGAGACAGUUCCUGCUAGCACACACUCACAGGCUCCUCUCGGUGCCAAUCUUCUGGCGGCACAAGCAGUUCCUUUCUCUUCAGAGGAAGACUUCACCUCAUCUCCUGCUGCUCCUUCAGGUGGAAUCCAACUUGGCAGAUUCCAGGUGUCAUUAGCCACUGAGGGGCCUCCAAACCAGCGCACAGAAAUCUUCUCUUCCUCCACAUCUUCCUCCUCCUCCUCCUCUAAUCUCUCCAGCCCAGAGAACACGUUGCACAAAGGUUCUUCCACCCCUCUGAGAGCAGGAGGAGACGUUGUGGACGGACUCUCUCAGAGAACGCUGGAAGGAAACCAACACUCCACCCCCAUCACCUCCCCAUGCGCCUCACCCAAGCUUACAACCACCAUUGGACGCUUCCAGGUCACCUCCAACUCUGAGGCUAAAGUUGGUCGGUUCUCCGUCAGUCGGACCGCAGAGUCCAAGCAGAGCCCCGCUGCCCAGGCUUCUAACGGGCCCACCUGUCCUGGAAGUCCAGACAUGGCCCACAGAGCUACUCUGCCCAUUGUGAGCAACUCCUUCAACAACAACAACUCCUACAUGAGCAGCGACAACGACUCGGAUUUGGAGGACGAGGACUUGAACUGGGAGGUCAACUGCCUCCGAGAGAAACACUUGCAGGAGAUUCAAGCUCUUCACUCGCGCCAGAAGGAAGAAAUUGACUGUUUGUUCAGCAGGCUGGGCAAGGUUCCUCCAGCUGCCCUUCUCCCUCCUGUCAUUGCCUCGGCUGCCAGGAGGAGACGACCCACCAAGAGCAAAUCCAGCAAAUCGUCCAGAAGCAGCUGCUCCUCGCACACUAGCAAAAGUCCACCUCAGUCAGGCAGCACUUUAUCGUCCCAAAGCUCCCAGCUAGCUCACCUAGCGCCAGACGGGUUAGCAAGCGAUGUCGGCGGCGCCCAUCGGCUCCAGCCUCUCCAAUCCAGCGACAAGCUGAGUUCUGCAUACACCAGCGAGACGGCUCUCUGUGCGCCGAGCUUGUGUGCUCCCACCCCAGGUAUCGUCACGGCAACAACAACAACAACAACAACAAAAGCCACAUCAUGGUGUCCUGGCAUGCUGUGUAAAGUUCAGCUGGGGGUCGGAGCGUCUGGCCUUCAAGCCUGGCAGCAGGAGGACGCGCUUUCUGAGUACGCCCUGCUUGGCUCUUUGUGUGUAAACGCUUUAUUUCUUUGUUCUUCAACCUCUCCAUGUCUUCUGUCCUCUUUUUUUGUAUCUUUAAUACUUCUACAAGCAUUAGUCUCCUCAGGAUGCCAGCCGUGUCCUGCAGAAAUAUUUGCAUUUCUAUACAGUUUGUUUCUAUAGAGCAGGGGUGUCAAACGUACGGCCCGAGGGCCGGAUCAGGCCCACAAUCAGGUUUUAUCCGGCCUGCGGGAUAAGUUUGCUAAGUAUAAAAAUUAGCUGAAAUUUUUGAAUGAAAGAAACUGCUGUUCUAAAUGUGUCCACUAGAUGUCGCAAUAGCAAUUAUUUGUAUCUUUUUAGAUUAUGCUACGUCGCAGGGUGUACCCCACCUUCAACCAGAAUGCAGCUGAGAUAGGCUCCAGCACCCCCCGCGACCCAAAAAGGGACAAGCAGUAGAAAAUGGAUGGAUGGAUGUCAAACAAAUGAACCACAUGUUAGUGCACCAGCAGAGGAAAAUGAGCAAACUACAUAAAUAAUAUCCUAUAAUUUGAUUUUGAUAUUAUUUUUUUAUCUUGAUGGAUUGAAAAUUAACACCAAUGAGUUGACUGAUGAACAUUAUCACAUAAUUUAUUCAGAAAGUAUAAAUAACGACAAAUAAAGAUAGAAUACUAUUAACCGCAACAUGUAAGUGGGAAAACAAAAACAAAAAAAACAUCAUUUUGAUUUGUACAUUUUCGGAAUGUGCUUGUUCCAUUUUUAAACAAAGAAAACAAUCUGAAGGUUUCUUUUAUUUUUAAGUUAUCGUGCCGUGAUUUUAGUCCAGCCCACUUGGGAGUAGAUUUUUCUCCAUGUGGCCCCCGAUCUAAAAUGAGUUUGAUACCCCUGCUAUAGAGCAUUACUUAAAAUAGCAGCUUUAGCUGUUCCAUCUGUUGCCCCCUGCAGGACACCAUGGCUAUAACAUUUCCCUUUUAAACCCAGAGAUUUUUGUUUACAUAUUAGUUUUUACUUUAGUGUAGGUUAUUUUUAGUUGGGGUGUAUACAUAUACUCUCUGAGCACAGAGUGAGCGUUCGUUACUCAGAGGAAAAGAGACUGGGGUGUUUAUACGGUGCGUUCAAUGACCGCUGAACAGAACGACACAGCGCCCGCCAGAAUCAAUAAAUAAUAAUACAUUUUAUUAGUUACGCACUUUUCAUUAAAUAUUAAAGUGACACGGUACAAACCAAUAUUUAAAACGUUAAAAGAUUAGCCAUUAAAGCAGAUAAAACACUAAGACUAAAACAGUAUCAGUGAAGCAUAAGAAGCACAAAAUAUGCAAAUAAGUUUCUUUUCUAACAGUGUUAAUGGAUGGUAAAUGAAUUGUACUUGUAUAGUGCUUUUCUCCCUUCAAAGUACUCAAAUUAGGAGCAACUGGGGCUUCAGUAUCUUGCUCAAGGAUACGUACAACACUUAAGACCUUCAGUAUAUCAGUAGGUGGAAUUCAAUUAUGGAAUGGAUUAAGCAAAGCAAUCAAACAAUGUACUAAUAUGAUCCACUUCAAGAAACUCUUCAAACUUAAAGUGUUUACAAAGCACAAAGAAGAAGAACCAUGAUAAACAUUCUGAAUUUAUUUAAUUCAUCCAUUCUUUCACUCUCAAAAUAAUCUUACUUAUCUCAUCAUAUGAAAUGUAACUUACUUCACCAAUUAUUAUUUAUUUAUUUAUUUUUAUUGUGAUUACUUAUGGAGUAUAUUGUGAAUAAAUUGAGAACAGGAAGUGAACAAAAGUUUUAGCAACUGUUAUGUAAAAGAAAAGGGGUAGGAUUAAAUAAGCUCUGCUUCUUCCUACUCCUUUUCGAACAUGUUGAAAAGAGAAACUGGAAAUUGUGAUGUAUCAAGUUGUAUUCUUGCAUGUUCGAAAUAAACUCAAACUCAAACUUCGAUAUGGUCACUGGGGAUUGAACCAGCAGGCAAUCACUCUACCACAUGAGCCAUGCUGCCCACAGUGUCACUGUAUUUGGAAAAAAGUAACUUAGUUCAAAAAUAUUUUAGUGUGAGCACAGUCAACAAUACUGCAAUAGUAAUGAUAACCGUGAGCAUUUUGGUCACGAUAACCGAGAUAUGAAAUUUUGGUAUCGUUACAUCCCUCUGUGUGGGACUCAACAAUAGACAAGACUGGCACCCAUCCAUCCAUCCAUCCUUUUUCUACCGCUUGUCCCUUUCGGGGGCACAGGGGGUGCUGUAGCCUAUCUCAGCUGCAUUCGGGCAGAAGGCGGGGUACACCCUGGACACACAUUCAUCUUAAUGGCAAAGACUACUUCCUGAUUACAACAGCACACUUAGAACAAAAUGAAAUGAAUGCAUACUUGCAAAUGGUACUCAGAAUUGUAAGAAAACAAUAUAUAACAACUAAAUAAAUAUUAUAAAAUAAAUUCCCGACUUCAGUACUUCUAUCCAGCAAGCAGUGAUCACAACAACGUAUCAUUUGAUCAAUACUUUUAGAACAUUAUACACUACUGAAUAAGUCAAAAGUAUGUAAUAUUUCGGCUGAUAUAAUCUCGGAUCGAUAUCAGUAUCUGCCAAUAGUCCAUGCUGCAAUAUCGGUAUGGUAUCAGAAGUGAUGUCAUUUUUCAUUCAGACUGUAAUUGCCCUGCAUUAAAGUGUUACAGCGCCUCCCAGUGUCUCGACAUGUGCUAGACAGCUUGUUUAAAUGUUUAAUGCGGACAAAGAUUGUUUUUAAAGUGCAUCGUGUUAUUGUUAUUUCUAUUUUUCAUGAAAUCUUGCAAGUUUACCCUGAACAUAAUUUCUCCGCCUUUUUUGGUCACAAAUUAAUCUGAAAUCCAGAGAGAAGGUUCUUUUUUUGCAGAUUAUUGUUCAUAUAUAUGUUAUAAAUUCAAAUAUUGAUGAAGAGCUGCAAUUAGAAUCAUUCUGCUAUUUAUUAAUGUGCAUUUGUGAAAAUAUUAAGUGCACAUAUAUUUUGAUGUAUAUAGUAUUACUGAUUUUAACUGUCUAUCUCAAUCCUCUUAUUCCUUUUUUUUCUUUUUUCUUCUUCUACUACUUCUUCUGGUCCAAGCAGGG